CUUAACUUGCGUCGCUCUCCCUCCGUUCCUGCUGUCCCUCCUCCCUCUCUCCCGUCUUCCUCCCCUCUCUUGCAGCCUGACUCGGGUCUCGGACCGCUCCUGUUCGCUGGAUACGAGGACGGUUCCCUGUUGCUGUGGGACGUAACCCAGAGGUCCGAGCUGAGCCGUGUCAAAGCCCACCCCGAGCCCAUCAUGUGCCUGACCUUUAACCCCGGCAGUCUGAGGGGCGUAUCGGGCUCCUGCGAGAAGCAGCUCUCUUCAUGGAUGCUGGACGGCCAGAACCACAUACAGCUCCAGGACUACGUGACGUUGGUCAAUCCCGGCGUUUCUCAGCUCUGCGUCAGGGGCGACGGGCGGCUGCUGGCAUCCGCGGGCUGGGACCACCGAGUGCGAGUGUUCGGCUGGAAGAAGUUGCGGCCGCUGGCGGUCCUUCAGUACCACACGGACAUGGUGCUCAGCGUGGCCUUCUCUGAUCACCAGGAACCCAGGCAAAGACUGCUGGCUGCUGGGUCCAAGGACCAGCGCGUCAGCCUGUGGUCCAUUUACAACCAGAAUGCCGACACAUGCUGACUCUCUGAGCUCUCCGGGUUUCAGUCUGCAGACUGAAAUCAAAAUACCCUCUGCUUUUAGUUUUAUAGUUUUAUAGUGACCCGCUUUGACUCUUGGCGUGGACCGGUGUCAGAUUCUCUCAGCUUGAGAACGCUGAGGAACAAAAAAAACAGAACGUAGUUUGCUUUUCUGUUUUAAAAUGAGAAAAGCAACAAUUAUUCCUACUUCUGCUCAAAUAUAUUGUUUAAAAAAAGCUACAAAAAGAGUUACGUUCAUUUUGAUAGCCUUACCUGGAUAUUUUGAGAUAAUCCCUUCUAAAUUUAGUUAUUGAUUUUACUGGGUUAAUUAGCAAGGCUAUCUGCUGCUGUACCUAACCUGCAGCCAACUGCUUGACAGACAAGCUGCUUGUAGCUUGCUAGCUGUAAUUUUACAUGUAGCAAGACAUAAGUGGGAUUCCUUUAAUUUCCAUAAUCCUGUUUUUUUAACCAGGAUUAUGGAAAAUGUUUUUACGCUUCUUUCAGCUUUAACAGCGGAGACGAGGCGUUAACAGAUGGUGUCAUUCCAAAACUUAAAGUUGCUCCCUCCUGUUUCCUGCUAUGUCAUUAAAAGGUGUUUAAAUUACAGCUGCACCUAUGAGUGGUUCAUGAGAUUGGAGUUGUGUAAUUCAGUAAUUACUUGUUCAAAUACCGUUACAUUUUUUGUGCAUUUUUUCUGUUGAGUAAAUACAUUAAUAGUACAGGCGACAAUCAUUUUUUUGAUCCAUAGAUUCAAUUUUGAGAAGAAAAAUCAUAAUUUAAUGCAUGAAUAUCAUAAUCUCUAUUAAUUGUUUCAUGUACUUUUCUUUAUCAAAACACCUGCAAAUUUUUUAAAUCUUUUUCUGAAUUACAUUGAAAUUGAUAAAAAUUCAAAUUGACCAGUCAGAUCCCUAACAAUACCAGAUACUGGUGUUGGUCUAGAAAAGACUAAUUGUUGUAUCCCAUUAACUCUUUUAAACUUCUUAAAACUCUUAUACUUUGAUGCCAGUAACCGGCCCAUGCCCGCUUACACGACACAGAGCUACUACGUUCAAAAGUUUACAUUAGCAUUUUUUUACAUUAGAAUUUUAAAUGUUUUUUCUAUGCUAAUCUUUACUAUGAUUUUGUAAAGGGAAAAGCCAAUUUUCCAAUUUUCCAUACAAGAUGAAAAAAAGUAUGACAGUCUAAAAUCACAAAAUGAUCAAACAAGAAAUAAAGAAUAGUUUGUAACACUGGUGUAAUAUUUAUACCAAAGUGCAGAUUAAAGAACUCCUAAAACCAGC